GAUCGAAUUUGAAAUUGGAAAUAACUAUGUAUGAAAUACACCGUAUCGCUUUAUAGCACUCACACAAGCCUAAAUUUAUAUGAUCAUACAAUAGCAGUAGAUAUGCGCAAAAAAGAAGUUUAAUCAUUUAAAGGCAAACACAGGUACAAGUUAUAAAGCUACCGCUUUGAGUUUAAAAUAAAUACAUGUACUAAUCGCGCUCCAGUGAUUAAGCUGAAAUCAUUGCAAAAUAAAGUAAACAUCUAUCGUUAAUAGUUAUCAUUCAAAGAACAUGGACGCCACAGUAAGGAAUAUAUUUGUGCUGGGAUAUACUGGGGAGACAGGGAACACUCUACUUCCGCUUCUGGCGAAGGAGCAGCGGUUCCAAAAAAUAAGACUUAUCGGCAGACGAAUGGUGGAACUUCCGGUGAUCAACGAGGACAGAUUUGAGCAGGUGGUGGUGGACUUUGAGAAGUUGGAGGAGUAUCAGGACGCCUUCACCGGAUGUGACACGGGCAUCUGUUGCCUUGGGACCACACGGGGGAAGGUGGGCUCGGCGAACUUCGUGCGAGUGGACCGGGACUACGUGGCAGCUAGCGGACGUGUGUCGAAGGCGGCCGGUUGUCAGCAUUUUAUAGUCCUCUCUUCCGGUGGAAGUAAUAAGGACAGUUCCAUUCUGUACACCAAAACUAAGGGAGAGAUGGAAGAACUUCUUAAAGAAUGUGAUUUGCCCAGACUGACCAUACUGCGACCAGGAUUAUUCACGGGUCCCCGGGAAGAGUUUAGGUGUGGUGAACGUUUUAUUAAGUGCCUAUGUCUGCCAUGUGCUGUCACGUGCCCUGCAUCCACCGGAACUAUCCACAUCAACAAACUUGCACGUGCAAUGUUCAACGUAGCUGUAAACCCGCUUGGACACAGUGUUGUGAUUUUGUUAAAUAAAGACAUUCACAAAAUUGCAGCCUGGAAGUAGUUCAUUUUAUUUAUCAGUCCGUUCCACAUAAACAAACUUGAACAUGCUAGAGAAAACAUCGCUGUAACCCCGCCUAGAUGGAGGUAUCGUAAUUUUGUGACAUACUCAGACGUUCAGAGACUUGCUGAAUGUAUUGGUCACAUAAGGAAAGUACAUUCACAUUUCAUACGCUUGAUUUUCAUUUUUUCCAUCAAACUUGUCCUUACAUAAACGAACUGGCGUUAAUGGUCAGCAUAACCAUUCCCGAGCCUUCGAGGCCAUGCAAUGCUUUGUUAUUAGAACAUAUAUUUACAGACUGAUGGAAAUGGACUAUAUUUGUCGCAAAACGGUUAUGUUUUUCUCAUGUUGUUUCUUUUUAAUGUAUUUUGGCUGGAGUUAUUCACAUAAAACUCCUUUACAAAGCACAGGUCAAGUUUGCCUUAACCCCGCCUAGGAUCCAACUAUGUGAUUUAUUUUUAUAUGAUUCUUUUAUAUUGCUCGAUUUAUUAGUAGAUAUUUUAUAUUACUCCAAAUUCGAAACCGUUGACGGUUUGUUUUGUUGUUGUUUUUCAAAAAUAAAUAAUAAAUAUCA